AUGGCCGAGCCUACAAACACGCCUGUCCCGGCGUCGACGCCGCGCUCCACCUCCCCAGCACCCAGGCAGACUCCCAUCAUCCCCAACUUCCCCAACUUCCCCAGCAUGUCCAGCCCAGGCUCGCCCAUCCUGCCCACAAAGCUGGCCCCCGGCGCCCGGCCCAAGGUCCUGCACAUUGGCGACCCAAUCAAGUACAACCCUGACACGUACGCCCUCUUCAGCGCCCAGUGCGACAUCGUCCGCCCCUCGGCCGAGGAGCGCGAGCGGCCAGAGUUCAUCAGGGCCCUCAAGGAGAACCGAUGGGGGGACUUCCACGCUAUCUUCCGCCCGUUCUGGGGCACCGGGGGCGAGAUGGGCCUGUGGGACAGCGAGCUGGUAGAUCUGCUCCCGCCGACCGUCAGGGUGUUUGCCAGUGCCGGAGCCGGCUUCGACUGGGCUGAUACCAAGCUCCUGGGCGAGAGAGGAAUCAUCUACUGCAACUCAGGCCUGGCGGCAGCCGAGGCAGUGGCAGACUUCGCCGUCGCCAUGAUCAUCUCCACCUUCCGCCAGCUCGCCUGGUGCAUCAACGCAGCCCAGUCCGACGACCCGGCAGACUUCUCCGCCUGUCACAAGGAGGCCACCGCCCACGCCCGCAACCUGCGCGGCAACGUCCUCGGUGUGAUAGGCCUCGGCAACAUCGGCCAGCAGGUCGCCUCCCGCUGCCACCACGGCUUCGGCAUGGUCAUCCACUACUACGACGUCGUCCGCCUCCCCGCCUCCGUCGAGGAGCCCCUCGGUGGCGCCCGCCGCCACGACUCCCUCCAGAGCCUGCUCGCUGCCGCC